AUGGACGAACAGUCCAUAGAUCCAAAUUUAAUAUGUAGCAUUUGUCAUAAAGCUCUCAAAGAUCCAAUUUGCACGCCAUGCGAUCAUACAUAUGGUCGCGAGUGUAUCACACAAUGGCUUAAUCAAAACGACAAGAGCUCAUGUCCAAUGUGUCUUCAAAAGCCCAUGUCGAUCAAUGAACUCACACAAGCCAGUCGUCCUUUGCGAAAUAUGCUUGAUCAAAUUCGUAUUCGGUGCACAUUGUGUGCACAAACUGGUCUGCAACGU